AUGGCAACGACGCCGAUGGUACCGCCAAACCCGGCUUCGGCUGGAAACCCGAAUUUCGACGCACCACCACCUAUGGCGGCGCCACCGCCACCUGGCACAGAUAUGACCGGCAUAUGCUUCCGGGACCAGCUGUGGCUUAACACUUACCCACUAGAUCGGAAUUUGGUGUUCGAUUACUUUGCUCUUUCUCCGUUCUACGACUACACGUGCAACAACGAGCAGCUCCGACUCCGCUCCAUCCACCCCCUUGACCACUCUCAACUCUUGAAAAUGACAGGCAUAGAGUACAUGUUGAGUGAAGUGACGGAGCCUCAUCUGUUUGUGAUUCGUAAGCAAAAGAGAGAUAGUCCGGAGAAAGUGACCCCUAUGCUAACGUAUUACGUCUUGGAUGGGUCAAUUUAUCAGGCUCCUCAGCUUUGCAAUGUUUUUGCUGCACGAGUUGGACGAGCUCUAUAUCAUAUAUCAAAAGCUUUUACUACAGCAGCAUCGAAGUUGGAAAAAAUUGGAUUUGUUGAUGCUGAAAAUGAGAAUACAGUCCCAGAAUCAAAAGCCACCAAGGAGGCCAUUGACUUUAAGGAACUUAAGCGACUGGACCAUAUUCUAGCAUCGCUGCAACGCAAGCUACCACCUGCUCCACCACCACCUCCCUUUCCUGAAGGCUAUGCCCCUCCAACUGCAGAAGGGGAGAAAAGCUCUGAAAAUCAGCAAGCAGACACCCAGCCGCCUGUUGAUCCCAUUAUCGACCAAGGCCCGUCUAAGAGAAGGAAAUUUUGA